AUGGCUUACCUAAUGGAUGGUAUGAAAAAAAAGGGAAAAGUUCUUGUAAAUGAAGGGUAUCGGUACCAGUUGAACAAGAAAAAGCUGACAACUUAUCAUUGGAGAUGCUGGAGGAAGACACGUCGAGCAACAUUCUCUACCAAUGCUUUCAACCUGGAUGCUGAGCGUGUACCACAUAUCGAAAUAAAAUCGGUCGGUGAUCAUGAUCAUCCAGCUGAGGAUGAAUUGCUACAGCAAGCAGAGGCCAUAAAUCAGAUGAAGAAAACAGUCAACGAUGAUCCCUCCAAACCGAUCAAAAGAGUGUUUAAUGAAGUAAUCGAGAGGUUUGUAGAAAAUGAUGAAGACGAAGAUCUCCCUGAGUUCUCUAGGGUUCGGUCAGCUUUGCAAAGAGUCAGAUCAUCUUUACUCCCUCCGAUUCCGACGGACGUAGACGACGUCAACAUACAGGAGCAAUGGAAGAAGACUUGGGGUGGACAUAAGUUUUUAACUCACCUUGACAACGACUGGGGCAUCGCUGUAUUUGCCACCAAGAAAGACAUUCGCCUUUUACAAAGAUGUUCAACAAUAUACAUCGAUGGAACCUUUAAAACAAGUCCCCAUCCCUACACUCAACUUGUAACUGUCCAUGGAAAGUAUCUAGGCAGAUUCUUCACUUUUGCUUGGUCUUUGAUGACAGGGAAAACAGUUGGACAUUACAGACAAUUUCUCCAACAUCUUCAGGCGAAAGUAAGGAACGUCACUGGAAGAAGAUGGCGCCCACGCUCGGUCAUUUGUGAUUUUGAGCAGGCAUUAAAAUUGGCCUUAGAAACGGAACUUCCUCGCACAAGAAUUUGGGGGUGUUACUUUCAUUUCACGCAGAGCCUAUGGCGAAAAAUCCAAGAGGUAGGACUGGCAAGGGUAUACAGGCGGCGAAGAAGGGUAAAGAAGUUUCUACAGAAAUUAAUGUCUAUCGGACAUCUACCGCUUGCGUUUGUGCGCCAGAACUUUCGGAUGCUUAUUCAAUCUCGCACAGCAAGACGUCUGCAAAACCGAUAA